UAGGUUGGUUUUGGUUUUCCUUCGAUCCAUCUAUUUUCAGUAUCGUCUUCCUCCUCUUGCUGUUCUUUCUGAUCGAUCUCCGUUUCAGAGUUCAUUCAUCACCCAUUAACUAUGCAUUCCAAUCACUUGCUUCUCGAGGAACCAAUCAGGAUGGCUUCAAUCCUGGAACCAUCAAAAGCUAGUUUCUUUCCUGCGAUGACGAAGAUAGUGGGAACUUUGGGUCCCAAGUCAAGGUCGGUUGAGGAUAUUUCUGCCUGUCUUAAAGUUGGAAUGUCAGUGGCAAGAUUUGAUUUUUCGUGGGGAGAUGCUGAGUAUCAUCAAGAGACAUUGGAAAACUUGAGGGCUGCUGUAAAGAGCUCCAAGAAACUGUGUGCAGUUAUGUUAGAUACAGUUGGUGCAGAAUUGCAGGUUGUCAAUUCCAGUGAGAAGUCGAUUUCUCUUCAGGAGGAUGCUAAAGUUGUUCUUACUCCUGAUAAAGGUCAAGAGUCUUCUUCUGAAUUGCUACCCAUUAACUUCUCUGGAUUUGCAAAGGCAUUGAAGAAGGGAGACACCAUCUUUGUUGGUCAGUACUUAUUUACAGGCAGUGAAUCUACUUCUGUUUGGCUAGAGGUAGAUGAAGUGAAAGGGCAGGAUGUAGUCUGUGUGAUAAAGAACACUGCAACUUUAACUGGGUCACUGUUCACCUUACAUGCCUCACAAGUUCACAUUGAUCUGCCUACACUCUCUAAUAGGGAUAAAGAGGUCAUUAGUACAUGGGGGGUGAAGAACAAGAUUGACUUUAUCUCGCUAUCAUACACUCGACAUGCAGAGGAUGUCCGUGAAACUCGUGAUUUCCUAGCAAAGCUAGGUGAUCUUUCUCAAACUCAAAUAUUUGCAAAAAUUGAGAAUGUUGAGGGCUUAACCCAUUUUGAUGAGAUCCUACAAGAGGCGGAUGGAAUUAUUCUUUCUCGUGGCAAUCUUGGAGUUGAUCUCCCACCUGAAAAGGUCUUCCUGUUUCAAAAGGCUGCUCUUUACAAGUGUAACAUGGCUGGAAAGCCCGCAGUGGUGACUCGUGUUGUUGACAGUAUGACUGUGAAUCUUAGACCAACUCGUGCUGAAGCUACUGAUGUUGCUAAUGCUGUGCUGGACGGAAGUGAUGCUAUUCUUCUUGGUGCUGAGACCCUGCGUGGUUUAUACCCUGUUGAGACUAUUUCUACUGUUGGCAAAAUUUGUGCUGAGGCUGAGAAAGUUUUCAAUCAAGAUCUGUACUUUAAGAAGACUGUGAAAUACGUUGGAGAACCAAUGAGCCACUUGGAAUCAAUUGCAUCCUCAGCAGUACGAGCAGCCAUCAAGGUAAAAGCUUCCGUCAUCAUAUGCUUCACUUCAUCAGGCAGGGCUGCUAGGCUAAUCGCCAAGUACAGGCCAACUAUGCCUGUUCUAUCCGUGGUCAUCCCUCGUCUCAAAACCAAUCAAUUGAAGUGGAGCUUCACCGGUGCAUUUGAGGCAAGGCAAUCCCUGAUAGUUAGAGGUCUAUUUCCCAUGCUUGCUGAUCCUCGUCAUCCAGCUGAAUCUACAAACGCUACUAACGAUUCAGUUUUGAGGGUGGCUCUUGAUCAUGGAAAGGCUUCGGGAGUUAUAAAGUCACACGAUAGGGUUGUUGUAUGCCAGAAAGUUGGGGAUGCAUCUGUGGUUAAGAUUAUCGAGCUGGAAGAUUAGUAAAAUCGUUAUUAAGUAAGAGAUGGUUGUUGCCAUUCUUUAUAUUCUAAAUUUUGAAAUCCCAUAAGGAUAAUUUUGGUAUCACACUUAUCCUGGAAGGGGGGGUGCUCUUAUUUUAUUAUAUAUAUUAUGUUUGUUGGUAUUAAUUAAUAUAUGAAUGAAUUACUGUAAUCUUGAAUUAUGAAGGAAGCAAUAUUUAUUAUUUAAUAUCAAGAAGUUUUAAUUACUGCUU